CGGGCGGGGCUUGGCCUCGGCAGGAGAGGCCGCGUUGUGGGCCUCAGCAUCAGCCGCUGCGCCUACUUCCUUACCUCCCCAGCUGUUUCCCCUCCUUCAGUCCCUGCUGCGGGGCGGCUGCGACGCGGGCAGAGCUGCCUGUCCGAGGGGCCAGGAAUGUGAAGACCCCCAGAAGUCCCAGGUGCUCAGCUGGCUAAGGUGUCUGGGAGAAGAUAACAGGAGAUAUGGGUCUGGGCAGGGAAGAGAGCUGCACUCGGCGACCUCCCAUCAAGGGGCAGCCAGAGCCCCCAGAACUGGCCAAUCGAGUCAUCACUAUUGUCUUCCUGGCCCUGCUUAUAGACUUACUGGGUUUCACUCUUAUCCUCCCCCUCUUGCCUUCCAUCUUGGACCACUAUGGUAGAUCUAAUGAUCCUUUGUAUCAGUCCUUACAGCAGGGUGUGGACUGGUUUGCUGCCACGGUUGGAGUGCCCCCUGAGAGGAAAUAUAACAGCGUCCUGUUUGGAGGUUUGAUUGGCUCCCUCUUUUCCAUCCUGCAGUUUUUUUCCUCACCUCUCACUGGGGCAGCAUCAGAUGCCUUUGGAAGGCGGCCAGUCAUGUUGCUGACUUUGGUGGGACUAAUCACAUCCUACGCAUUGUGGGCCCUCUCCAGAAGCUUCGGAGCUUUUCUGCUCUCCAGGGUGAUUGGAGGAAUCAGCAAAGGCAAUGUUAGCCUUUCCACGGCCAUCAUUGCAGACCUGAGCUCACCCCAGGCUCGGAGUAAGGGGAUGGCCAUGAUCGGGGUCGCCUUUUCUCUGGGUUUCACCAUAGGCCCUAUGAUUGGGGCUUACCUAGCAGUGGAGACAGGUAAAGGAGACGUCUUCUACUUCCAAGCAGCAUUAUUGGCUCUGGUGUUUGCCAUCUCUGACCUGGUGUUCAUUUUCUGCUUCCUUCCGGAAACACUGCCCAGAGAAAAACGGGUGUCUUCUGUUCUGUCUGGGUUCCAGGCAGCCUCGGAUUUGCUCAGCCCGGUCGCCUUAUUCCAGUUCUUGGCUGUCACCAGAGGAAAGGACUCCCCCUCUAGAGACAAACUCCAGAAUCUCAAGGUGCUGGGCCUUGUUUAUUUCCUCUAUCUCUUCCUGUUUUCUGGACUGGAGUACACUCUGAGCUUCCUCACACACCAGCGCUUCCAAUUCAGCAGCAUGCAGCAGGGGCAGAUGUAUUUCUUUAUCGGGAUCACCAUGGCAAUUAUCCAAGGAGGCUAUGCUCGACGGAUCAAGCCAGGAUGUGAAAUUCAAGCCGUGAAACGGGCCAUCUUACUCUUGAUUCCAGCAUUCUUGUUUAUUGGAUGGGCUUGGAAUGUGACUGUCCUGGGUGUGGGGCUGCUCCUGUAUUCCUUUGCUGCUGCCAUUGUGGUACCUUGUAUGUCGGCUAUAGUCUCUAGUUACGGCUCAGCAGGUCAGAAAGGCACAAUAAUGGGGACACUGAGGAGUCUGGGAGCUCUGGCCAGGGCUGUGGGACCCAUUGUCUCAGCUACAGUGUACUGGCUGGCUGGGGUCCAGAUGUGCUUCACUAUAUGCUCAUCAAUGUUUCUUCUCCCCAUCAUCCUCCUUAGCAGUCUGAAACAGCAAACCAAAGCCGAGUGAACAGUUCUCUCCAAAAUUGCCAGUGAUGCUGGGCAAUUUGUCAGAACCGAAGUUGUCAGAGCCAGCAUCUCACUAUACCUGAAGGAGGCAUUUAAAGAGACAUUUGGGGUCCUGGAAUCAACAAUUGCCUCACCCAAGAAACCUGCCAUGAAAUAGAGUGAUCUCCGCUGUUUGUUUCAAUUUCCUUCACCACUCAAGGGUUGUCUUCUUCAGUAAUGUGGCCUACGGAUGGCGUAGGCUUGAUUUUGAUAAAAUUGCACAUCGGUGACAAAAACUGACCAUAGUCUGUAGUAUUUAGGAUUUAGAAGCAGUCUUGGGGUUGAUAAAAACCAUUAAGUCAUUUAUAAUACUAUGCAUUUUGCUACUCAGUCUCUGAGUCUGAGAAUUUUGCAUUCUCAAGGCUUCUUGUGAUUCUCAAAGUUAUGGUGCCUUUGCCCUUCUCCAUGCUGGUCCAUUUACAGUGAUGUGACAUCCACAACAGAUGGGAACCACUGGGAAGAGUUUGGAUGUGGUUCACUGGCCUCCAGGAUAGGCUAACAAUCAGAGCUUCCUUUGUGGCCCUCACGGUACAAUUGAUGGAAGCCACAUACACUUGGCUUCUAAUGGUAGCUACUAAAAAUAGGGAUGAGUUGAUUUACCUUUUUCUAUAAAAAAAAAGUUGAGGUGAUCAAUAGCAGCAGCACAUGCUACUAAUAUUGAGAAAAGUAGUGACUGUAAACAUAACCAUGGUAUGUAAACAUAACAUUUUUUUAUACUAUGAGUAUUCUGAGAAUCACAGUGGAAUUUUGACAAACUAUGUAUGAUACAUUAAAA